CGACCAAAGCAUAAACUAAAAAAAAAACGCAGCCCAAACUUUUUUUUAUUAUUAUUCUUUCUUUUCUCCAUUUUCUCAUUUUUAUAUAAAAGUCAUGGAUGUGGACGCUUGUAUCGAGUCUAUUAAGGAAUGCAAAUACCUGGCAGAAAACGAUAUGCGCCAGUUGUGUAAUAAACUAAAAGAAAUUCUGGCCGAAGAGUCAACAGUGGUUCCUGUGCAGGCACCCGUAACACUCUGUGGUGAUAUUCAUGGUCAGUUUUAUGACCUUAUCAAGAUAUUCGAAGUAGGAGGUGACUUGCCAGAUACAUCGUAUAUUUUCAUGGGUGAUUUUGUGGAUCGUGGUAGAUAUUCACUUGAAACACUUACCUUGCUAUUACUGUAUAAAGUCAAAUAUCCCGAUCGUAUUACACUAACCAGAGGAAACCAUGAGAGUCGUAACGUCACUCGUGUUUAUGGAUUCUACGACGAAUGUUUGGCAAAGUAUCAAAAUUCCAAAGUGUGGGAAUGGUGUUGUACUGUAUUUGAUUAUCUACCUCUAGCAGCUGUCAUUGAUGGAUCUGUAUUCUGUGUUCAUGGUGGACUAUCACCUGAAUUACCUUCUAUUGAUUCUAUUCGCACCUUAUUUCGAAUGCAGGAACUACCACAAAGUGGAGGUCAUUGUGAUCUAUUGUGGUCAGAUCCAGAGACUCAAGUGGAAGCGUGGGCACUGAGUCCUCGAGGAGGUGGAUAUCUGUUUGGACCACUACCCACUACAGCGUUCUGUCAGAACAAUGGGAUAGAUUUAAUUGUGAGAAGUCAUCAACUAGUGGACGAAGGCUAUAAUUACCCAUUUGAAGAAGGGAAUUUGGUGACACUGUGGUCUGCGCCUAAUUACUGUUAUCGCUGUGGAAAUAAAGCAGCAAUUUUAAAAAUACCUGAACAAGAUAGACCGAUUGUAUCAACAGAUUAUACAAUCUUUAUGGAGAAUGAGAAUCAAGGCGAAUCUUUAUCAUCAUCACAAGUAGCAAAUGCACCUGGAGGCCAAUAUUUCUUGUAGCUUGUUGGUGAGACAAAAAUAAAGUAAUC